AUGGGUGCUCUCGGGACCGUUGAAUGGAAACUUAAGAACACGCCCACCUUGCUAAAUGAGUGUAAUAAAAUAAUUGAGGAACAAGAAGAUCUUGGUAUUAUCGAGAAAGUUACGGAAUUAGAGGGGGCCGAAAAGGUUUAUUACAUGCCUAGCCAAGUUGUCGUAAGGGAGAAUGCGGAAACCACUAAAGUACGCAUGGUUUUCGAUGCCUCUUCUAAGGAAGGGAAAAGCGGUACUUCGUUAAACGAUUGUUUACAUGUUGGACCUAAUUUAACACCAUUGUUAUUUAACAUACUUGUUCGGUUUAGAGAGAAUAACAUCGCACUUGUAGGUGAUAUCGAGAAGGCAUUCUUAAAUGUAGGUGUUCAUGCUACCGACAGGGAUUGUUUGCGUUUUUUAUGGGUCGAAAAUCCUCAUGAAAACGAUUUGAAACUUGUUGUUUAUCGAUUUGCGCGCGUUGUUUUUGGAGUUAAUGCAUCGCCUUUUUUGUUGAACGCGGUUAUUAGGAAUCACGUAACUAAGUUUCAAGAUAUAGACCCGGAAUUUGUUAAGAAGAUGUUAAAUUCUUUCUUUGUUGAUGAUUUAUGUACGGGGGCUAAGACAGUCCAAGAAGCAAUUUCGUUGUUUGAUAAAUCUAAGACUAGGAUGCUAGAAGGAGGAUUUAAUUUACGGAAAUGGAAGUCAAAUAAUGGGGAAGUAAGGGAGUACGUAUCACGAUGUGAAGGUAAAUCGAAAGGUUUAGCCAGUGCCAAUGUAAACAGUAAUGACGAGGAAACUUAUGCGCAGAAAAAGUUAAAUAUUGUCGAUGGACAAGGUAAAACUAAGGUUUUAGGCUUAGUCUGGGAGGAGGAAACGGAUAAUUUGGAGAUUGUUCUGGAUAGUAUAGGUACUAUAAGAGGGGAGAGAGACUGUGUAACGAAAAGAUCGGUUUUAAGCUCGCUAGCUAAGUUGUUUGACCCGUUAGGACUAGUUAGUCCCGUCUCAACGAUAGCUAAAUCAUUUUUCCAGGAAUUGUGCGUGGAUAAGAUAGGAUGGGAUGAAGAGUUACCUCCAGAAAAAAGGGAUAAAUGGGAAAGAUGGGAAAAGGAUUUGAAACAGGUGAAAUCUAUUUCAGUGCCCAGGGGUAUACACCCAUACAACGAGGAAACGGGUAAAUAUUCCUUACACGGGUUUGGAGAUGCCAGCGCCAAGGCAUAUUGUGCUGUAAUUUAUCUUGUUUGCGAGACAGGAAGCGGAAUUUAUUCUAGACUUGUUUGUUCUAAAACUCGUAUCGCCCCACUCAAGGGUCUCUCAAUACCACGCUUGGAACUUAUGUCGGCCAGGAUUUUAGCAAAUUUGAUGGAAAACGUUAGAAAUGCACUAAGUUUUCUGGUUGAAAUAACAUCGUUGAAGUAUUGGUUGGACAGCGAAACAGUUUUAUUUUGGUUAAAUAAUGCUGGGGAGUGGAAGCAAUUUGUUAGACAAAGGGUAAACGAGAUUCUAGCCAAGACUGAUAAGGAUAAUUGGAGACAUUGCCCAGGGAAAGAGAACCCAGCGGAUAUAGGAAGUAGGGGGCUGGAAGCAAGUAAAUUAAAGAACAACAUUACGUGGUGGGGAGGUCCCGCAUGGCUUAAACAAGGUAUAGAUUAUUGGCCUAAGAGGAAUUACCUAGAGAGAACGGAAAAUGUAGAUCUAGAGAGUAAGAAACAGGCUGUAGUGCUAAGUGGGGCAGAGGAGAAUGGAUCUUUUAUAGGUUCUGUAGUGGACAUAAAUAGGUUCAGUAAUAUGAAUAAGUUGCUUCGUACCACGGCAUGGAUUUUCAGGUUUAUAGGAAACGUUAAGGCUAAAGUAGCUGGGAAGGAGAUAAACACUAACGAAAUAACUGUAGAAGAAAUAGAGAGAGCCGAGCAAUUAUGGAUUAUGGAUGCCCAGUCUACUGUUAGUGAAAAGAAUGAUGCGUGUUUGUUAAGGAAUUUGGGAGUAUUUAAGGAUAAUGGUAUUUUAAGGUGUAAGGGGAGACUAGAAAAUUCGGAGCUCGAUCCUGGGACUAAAUUUCCUAUUUUGAUUCCAGGGAAUCAUCUAUUUGCGAACCUUAUAGUAUUGCAUUGUCACGGUAUAGUGAAACACCUCAAAGUAAGGCCAACCUUGGCAGAAAUAAGAACUAAGUUUUGGAUACCGAAGGGUAGGUUAUUGGUCAGAAGAUUGUUAAGUACAUGCACAGUAUGCAGGCGUUUGGAGGGCAAACCAUAUUCGCAGCCGAUUACGGCAGCCCUGUCAAAUUUUAGAGUGCAACAAGCCGAACCCUUUAGCAAAACAGGGGUAGAUUUUGCCGGACCCUUGUUUGUAAGAGAAAAGGAUGGGAGCAUGAAUAAAGUGUACAUAGCCUUGUUCUCCUGUUGUGUUACGCGUGCGGUCUCUUUAGAGCUCGUCAAUGACUUAUCUACGGAGUCAUUUUUAAGGUGUUUUCGUAGGUUUGUAGCCAGAAGGGGUGUGCCAAGCCUUGUCAUUUCGGAUAAUGCCAAAACGUUCAAGGCAGCAGCAAAACUUUUCGACAAUUUGAACAAAAACCCCACAUUUUUAACUUUUCUACAGAACGAGAGACUUAUUUGGAAGUUCAAUCUAGAAAGGACACCAUGGUGGGGUGGGUUUUUCGAAAGAAUGGUUGGGACAGUUAAACGGUGUCUACGCAAAGUUAUUGGGAAAGCAAAACUAACGGAGGAUGAGCUUCGCACAUUGAUUCUCGAAGUCGAAAGUAUCAUUAACGCGAGGCCUUUAACUUAUGUGUAUGAAGAGCUCGAUUCGGAGCCAUUAACUCCUUCGCACUUAAUUUUUGGCAGAAGGUUGGUAACAUUGCCAGAUAAUGCUAAAGAAAUUAAUAGUAACGAUGCUUCGUAUUCUAGAAGGUACAAGUAUUUGUUGAAAAACCUGGACCAUUUUUGGAACAGAUGGCGAACCGAGUACUUAGUAAAUUUGCGGGAGCACCACAAGCUUUCAGGCAAAGAUACGGCCAAAAUUAGAGUUGGAGAUACCGUAGUGGUACACGAGGACAAUGUGAAAAGAUCGCUUUGGAAACUUGGGAGAAUAGACAAGCUCAUCAUGGGGAGAGAUGGACAUAUCAGAGGGGCAAAGGUAUGCGUAAUUUCACGUAACAAACCAGAUUUUAUUUCUAGGCCUUUGCAAAAAUUGUACCCUAUAGAAUGGAGACAAGGAGAUACAAAUGGCGACAAGGAAAGUGUGAAAAGUUCGGUUCAAGAAAGUGAAAGGUUGAGAAGCGAUAAGGGUGUAGAGCAUGAGAUUGAGAAGGGUGUGGUGAAG